AUGCCUACUCCGCCUGCUCGUGAACACUCUGUAGAAACUAUUCGUAGAAAUAGUGAGGUGAUGGGUAACCUUCGUAAAUUGUUGGUUGCCAAUCGUGGUGAAAUUGCCCUUCGUGUUUUCCGUACAGCCCAUGAACUUUCCAUGAAGACUGUCGCCAUUUUUUCUCAUGAAGACAGAUUAUCUAUGCAUCGUUAUAAGGCUGAUGAAUCAUACCAACUUGGUAAGGUUGGUCAAUAUUCUCCCGUUGGUGCCUAUUUGGCUCAAGAUGAAGUUGUUCGUAUUGCUAAAGAACGCGGUGUCUCCAUGAUUCACCCUGGUUACGGUUUCUUGUCUGAAAAUGCUGAAUUUGCUCGUAAGGUUGAAGCUGCUGGUAUUACUUUCAUUGGUCCUUCUCCUGAGGUCAUUGAAAGCUUGGGUGAUAAGACAAAAGCCAGAACCAUUGCCAUCAACUGUAAUGUUCCUGUUGUACCUGGUACUCCUGGACCUGUUAGCGAGUUCAGUGAAGCUAAGGCUUUUAUUCAAGAACAUGGAUUCCCUAUCAUCAUCAAGGCUGCCAUGGGUGGUGGUGGUCGUGGUAUGCGUGUUGUCCGUGAUGAAGCCUCACUCGAAGAUGCCUUCAGCCGUGCUAAAUCUGAAGCUCUUGCUGCUUUUGGUGAUGGUACUGUCUUCAUUGAACGUUUCCUUGACAAGCCCAGACACAUCGAAGUUCAAUUGCUUGCUGAUCGUGCUGGUAAUGUUGUUCACUUGUUUGAACGUGAUUGUUCAGUUCAACGUCGUCACCAAAAGGUCGUCGAAAUCGCUCCUGCAAAGAACUUGGACAACAAGGUCCGUGAAGCUAUCUUGAACGAUGCUGUCAAGAUUGCCAAGUCUGUCAAGUAUAAGAACGCUGGUACUGCUGAAUUCUUGGUUGAUAACCAAAACCGCCACUACUUUAUUGAAAUCAACCCUCGUAUCCAAGUCGAACACACUAUUACAGAAGAAAUUACUGGUAUCGAUAUCGUUGCAGCUCAAAUUCAAAUUGCUGCUGGUGCUCUCUUACCUCAACUUGGUUUGACUCAACAACGUAUUCGUCAACGUGGUUUUGCUAUUCAAUGUCGUGUUACUACUGAAGAUCCCGAGUUAAACUUCCAACCUGAUACCGGUAAAAUUGAAGUUUACCGUUCUUCUGGUGGUAAUGGUGUCCGUUUGGAUGGUGGUGCAGGUUAUGCCGGUGCUAUUAUCACACCUCACUAUGACUCACUCUUGGUCAAGGUCAGUUGUUCUGGCUCUACUUACGAAGUUGCUCGUCGUAAGAUCGUUCGUGCCCUUGUUGAAUUCAGAAUUCGUGGUGUCAAGACCAACAUUCCUUUCUUACAACGUCUCUUGACUUGCGAUACUUUCAUUAAUGGCAACUGUUGGACUACAUUCAUCGAUGAUACUCCUGAUCUCUUCCGUCUCGUUCAAUUCCAAAACCGUGCUCAACGUAUGUUGGGUUACUUGGGUGAUGUUGUCGUCAAUGGUUCACAAAUUAAGGGUCAAGUGGGUGACCCAUCUUUCAAGAGCGAAAUUGAGGUUCCUGUGUUACGUGAAAGCGGUAGUAACAAGGAUAUUGAUGUCUCUGCUCCUCCUACUGAAGGUUGGCGUAAGAUCAUCGUUGAACAAGGUCCUGAAGCAUUUGCCAAGGCUGUUCGUGCUUACCCUGGUGUCUUGAUUACUGAUACUACUUGGAGAGAUGCUCACCAAAGUUUGUUGGCCACUCGUGUUAGAACCGUUGAUCUUCUUCGUAUUGCACCCGCUACUUCCCAUGCUCUUGCCAACGCCUUCUCUCUUGAAUGUUGGGGUGGCGCCACUUUCGAUGUCGCUAUGCGUUUCCUUCAUGAAGAUCCUUGGGACCGUCUUGCUGCUCUUAGAAAGGCUGUUCCUAACAUUCCCUUCCAAAUGCUUCUUCGUGGUGCCAAUGCUGUAGGUUACACUUCUUACCCUGAUAAUGUCGUCUAUGAAUUCUGUGACAAGGCUGUCAAGUGUGGUAUGGAUGUCUUCCGUAUUUUCGACUCUCUCAACUACGUUGAAAACAUGAAACUCGGUAUUGAUGCCGUCAAGAAGGCUGGUGGUGUUAUUGAAGCUACCAUCUGUUACACCGGCGAUGUUUCUAACCCUAACCGCAAAAAAUAUGACUUGGAAUACUAUAUCAAGUUGACUGAUGAAUUGGUGAAGGAAGGUAUUCACAUUUUAGGUAUUAAGGAUAUGGCUGGUUUGUUGAAGCCUGAAGCUGCCAAGCUUCUUGUUUCUACCAUUCGUGCCAAAUUCCCUGACCUUCCUAUUCAUGUUCACACUCACGAUACUGCUGGUACUGGUGUUGCUUCCAUGAUGGCUGCUGCUGCUGCUGGUGCCGAUAUUGUUGAUGUUGCUAUUGAUGCCAUGUCUGGUACUACUUCUCAACCUGCUAUGGGUGCUAUCGUUGCCGGCUUUGAACAAACUGACCUCGGUACUGGUAUUCGCAUGGCUGAUGUUCAUGCCAUCAACUCAUACUGGGAACAAGCUCGUCUCUUGUACUCCUGCUUUGAAGCUAAUGUUCGUUCUGCUGACUCUGGUGUCUACGAUCAUGAAAUGCCUGGUGGUCAAUACACCAACUUGAUGUUCCAAGCUCAACAACUUGGUUUGGGUACUCAAUGGAAUGCUAUCAAGAAAGCUUAUGCGGAAGCUAAUGCCCUCUGUGGUGAUCUUGUCAAGGUCACUCCUUCUUCAAAGGUUGUUGGUGAUCUUGCUCAAUUCAUGGUCUCAAACAACUUGACUGGUAAAGAUGUUUUAGAACGUGCUGCUACUUUAUCUUUCCCUACUUCUGUUGUUGAAUUCUUCCAAGGUUACCUUGGUCAACCUCACGGUGGCUUCCCUGAACCUUUGCGUUCUCAUAUCAUUCGUGAUUUGCCUCGUCUCGACAGCCGUCCAGGUGCCUCUCUUCCUCCUCUUGACAUGGCCAAGUUAAAGCAAGAAUUGAUUGAAAAGUAUGGCUCUACCAUCCGUGAUUACGAUGUUAUUUCUGCCGCUCUUUACCCCAAGGUCUUUGCUGACUUCCGUGACAUGGUCAACCAAUAUGGUGAUCUUUCUGUCUUGCCUACUCGCUACUUCUUGGCUAAGCCUGAAAUCAAUGAAGAAUUCCAUGUUGAAAUUGAGGAAGGUAAGACUUUGAUCAUCAAGUUGUUGGCUGUUGGUCCUCUCAACAACAACGGUAAGCGUGAUGUCUACUUUGAAUUGAAUGGUGAAGCUCGUGUUGUUGGUAUUGUUGACCGCAACUCUGCUGUUGAGAUUGUUACCCGUGAAAGAGCCAACUUGGCCAAUCCUGGAGACAUUGCUGCUCCCAUGUCUGGUGUUGUUGUUGAAAUUCGUGCUAAGGAAGGAUCUCAUGUCAAGGCCGGUGACCCAGUUGCUGUUUUGUCUGCCAUGAAGAUGGAAACCGUCGUUACCUCUCCAGUAGCUGGUAAGGUCGAGAGAGUUGCUAUUCAAGAAGGUGACUCUUUGAACUCUGGUGAUUUAGUUGCUAAAGUUGUGAAGGAUGAUGCUUAA